AUGCCGCUCACGCAGGUGUCUCUGCAGAACAGAGGCUCUCAUUUCUGCGGAGGAGCCAUCCUGACAGACCGCUGGAUCCUGACCGCGGCGCACUGUUUCACAUCUGUAUCAGAAGAGUUUCUCAGCGGCGUGAGGGUCCUGGUGGGCGAGUUUGACCGGAGAGUCGUCGAUGAAGAGGAGCAGGUCUUCCUGAUCAAGUCUGUCUCGGUCCAUGAAAAAUACCAUCAUGCUUUGCCAAUGAACUACGACAUCGCUCUGGUGGAGCUGGAGCAACACAUCACAAUGGGAGCUCAGGUUCAGCCGGUCUGUUUACCUUUACCUGAUGUGACGGUUCCUCCCGGGACCACCUGCGUGGUCGGUGGAUGGGGGAGGACGAAGGAAAGGGGUCGUCUUCCUGCCGUACUGAGGGAGGUCCACUUAGACCUGGUGAACCCAGCCAAGUGUAAGUACCUCCUCCACACGGUCAGACGGUCACUUCUAAGCCAGCGAGCAGGACAACUUCAGCCAGUCACGACCAUUCUGUGUGCCGGGCCAGAGAGAGGUGGGAAAGAUGCCUGCCAGGGGGACUCGGGGGGCCCUCUGCUAUGUCCGGCAGGGUCAGGGAGCGCCCCAUGGGUGGCACUGGGCAUAACCUCCUGGGGUAGAGGCUGUGGUCGGGGCUGGGGAAGCGACAGCAACCGCCCCCCUUCCAAGAGAGGAUCUCCAGGGAUUUUCACUGACGUCAGGCUGCUACUUCCUUGGAUCAAACAGAAACUAAGGGAGGGUAGGUCAUGAUUCAGUUCCCAUUCCAGCAGUACGAAGGGAUCCCGGGCUGAUAUGAAGGGAGUACGUGACCUUCUGGUGACCCG